AUGUCUUCACUCUUAAGCUUAACUGGGAGGGCGCUACGGAUGGCGCAGGUCAUUCUUGUUGUUGCCCCGGCCUUUAUUAUUUUCGGAUACAACCAAGCUGGCGCUGGCCCUCUUGCAACUCUUCAGAGCUGGGUAAAGGUCUUUCCCCAGAUCGAUACUAUCAAUACCACGGGUACCGAGGAGGCUACGAACUCUACUCGUAAAGGUGCCGUUAUCGCCUCCUUUCAAAUCGGAGCUCUCAUAGGAGCGCUAUCUUGUACUUUUAUAUCCGAACACCUAGGCCGCCGCAAAACGAUAUUUAUUGGUUCUAUCCUUACUAUCGCCGGUGAAGUCUUGCAAGUGUCAGCGUUCUCGAUAAUCCAUUUCACUGUGGGUCGAAUCAUCUUGGGCAUGGGUGUGGGCCAAUUCAGUGUUGCGGUACCGGUUUGGCAAUCGGAAUGCUCGUCAGCCAAGAAUCGUGGCCAACAUGUCAUUCUUGCUGGCAUAUUCAUGUGCCUGGGAUACGCAUUGUGCAACUGGAUUGACUUUGGAUUCAGCAAUCUCCCGAACAGCAAUACAGGCCAGUGGCGGGGUCCGUUUGCCCUUUCACUAUUUCCAUCCUUGAUUAUUGCUUCUUCAGUCUUCUUUCUUCCAGAAUCACCUCGAUGGCUCGUGCGUGUUAAUCGGGUCGAUGAAGCGACCACCAGCUUGGCAGCAUAUAAGGGAAAAAUCCCGGAUGACGAUGCAAUUAGAUCGGAGAUUGCUGGUAUUGAGUUGUCACUCGAAGUCACCGCUCAAUCAAAAGGUGCACUUCGACAGAUGUUCUCUAAGCAUGAUGAGGAGCGCUCACUAUAUCGCUUUUGUCUUUGCCUCGUUUUGCAAUUUUUCCAACAGAUGUGUGGAGGAAAUCUCAUAUCUGUAUACGCAUCAACGAUUUUUGAACAAAAUUUGAACAUGAGUGCCAGCCUUUCCAAAAUUCUAGCCUCUUGUGCCCUGACCUGGAAGUUUCUGUGUUGUUUCAUCGCCUUUUUCGCGAUUGAUCGUCUGGGCCGACGUGCGGUUUUCAUGGUCAGUGGGACUGGCAUGGCGAUUUGCAUGGCAGCAAUGGCCGUGACAACCAGCUUUGGCUCGGAUAACAAAAGCGCUUCCGUUGCCUCAGCGGUCUUCAUCUUUCUUUUCAACCUGUUCUACCCAAUUGGUUUCCUGGGUGGCAAUUUUCUCUACUGUACAGAGGUGGCACCCGUCCGUCUGCGUAUCGCUAUGUCUUCAAUUUCUACCGCCAACCACUGGCUGUGGAACUUCGUUGUCGUCAUGGUAACCCCCGUGGCUUUGGACACCAUCGGAUACCGAUAUUAUAUCAUGUACGCGAUCCUAUCAGCCUGUAUUCCUGUUCUUGUUUACUUCUUUUACCCGGAAACAAUGAACCGGAACCUGGAGCUGCUCAACCAUGUCUUUCGUGAUGCAUCCUCGCCGUGGGAGAUUGUCUCUAUGGCGCGGUCUUUGCCUCAGGGUGAGAUAGCCAAGAUCGAUUUGAUGGCCCACGACAAGGAAAAGGCAGAUGUAUGUUCGGUUGAAAUGAAAGAGAAUGUAUAA